UCUUGAUUAUAUGACUGCAGACAGUCUGCUCUGAGGAAAUGAGACGCGCGCUCCUCACCUCCGCCGUCUUCCCCCUCCCUUACUCCGGGUUUCGUAUCUCAGCAUCAGUGUACGAGUUACUACUAUCGUUGGAGCUCACGUAUGGAGGAAUAGGGGCACGGAAUGGCGGAUAGAGAGAAGAGAAAACCCCCUGAAAAAUCACCCGCGUCCCCGUUUCUAGGCUUGCAAAUAGUCUCUCCUCCCAAUUUCAGGCUGACCCACGACAUCAGUCUGGAUGAGUUUGAGGAUGAAGACCUGUCUGAGAUCACAGAGAUCACAGAUGAGUGUGGCAUGAGCCUCAACUGCAACAGCAUUGACAUCACAGGCCAUGUGACGAGGGGAGCCAAUAGUGUGGCAGGAAAGGCGGACGGGAGCGCAGCCAGCAAGCUGCAGGCGGAGAUGCUUCACUUGGACCUGAUCGAUGCUGUGGAUGAGAUUCAGGACGAGGAAGCCGCUCUGCCUGCUACCGAGCCCUCAGUGAAGGAACCUGCUCCCGUCACCAUGGAUACGUACCGGCCCAAGAGACCCACCACCCUUAACCUCUUCCCACAGGUGCCUCGGACUCAGGACACACUAAACAACAACUCAUUUGGUAAGAAGUACAGCUGGCAGGAGAAAGUCUCGCAUUCUUCCUCCCCCCUUAAAACAGGGGAGCUGACGCCCUCACAUGACCACAUCUGCCUAAGUGACGAGGACAAAGUCCAGCACGGCAGCAGCACCCAGACCAAAGACAAAGGCACCUCCACGGACACUCUGUGCCGGAGGGCCUCCUCCAAGGCGAGUGGUGGGGCAGUGCGCCCCAAGCCCCAGGACACGCCCCCAGCUGUGCCCCAGACGCACUCCCCCGCCCCGGCGGGCCAGGGCGCUGCCUCGGGGGAGGGGCAUCAGGAUCGCAUCCGCUACCACACGGACGUGCGCCUGGAGCCCACCGAGGAGAUCUACCUGACCCCCGUGCAGAGGAACUCAGACCCCCUGGAGCAGGAGAGGCCCUUCCUCUCGCAGCCUGGAGAGAACAACCGCAUGUCUAUCAGCUCAGACGCAGAGGGCCCCCCACCCUACCAGCCCCUCCCUGACCGGACCAACCCCUCCAUCAGCGAGGAGGACGAGGUGUACGUCCCCUCGUCCCCCCCAGCAGCCACGAUGGACCUGACUAUGAGGGGUGUGGGGUGCGGGGCGGCAGCAGCGGUAGCAGUGGCGGUGGAGACGGGGUCAACGGGGGUCCCGCGGACUUCCAUCAGCUCGGAGGCCAGCGGGCUCUCCUACGACUCGGUGAAGUACACGUUGGUGGUGGAUGAGCACGCACAGCUGGAGCUGGUCAGCCUGCGCCAGUGCUACCAGGGCUACAGCGACGACAGCGACUCGGCCACCGUCUACGAUAACUGUGUCUCCUCCCCCUACGAGUCAGCCAUUGGUGAGGAGUAUGAAGAGGAGGAGGAGGAGGGCAGUGGACUGAGGCGGGGUGCAGCCUGCCUGUCACAAGACUCCACCCCUGAGGGUGGCAUGCCCCUCUCACGCAAGUUCCUCAACGUCUUCAUGAACGGCCGCUCGCGGUCCUCCAGUGCAGAGUCCUUCGGCCUGUUCUCCUGCGUGAUCAAUGGGGAGGAAAGGGAUCAGAGCCACCGGGCUGUGUUCAGGUUCAUCCCCCGUCACGGCGAUGAGCUGGAGCUGGACGUAGAUGACCCCCUGCUCGUGGAGGUACAGGCUGAGGAUUUCUGGUACGAGGGCUACAACAUGCGAACCGGCGCCCAUGGCAUCUUCCCCGCCUACUACGCCAUUGAGGUCGCCAAGGAGCCUGAGCACUUUAAAGUGAAAAGCAGUGACUGGAUGGACACAUUUCGCUUGAAAUAUCUGGGCUCCGUUCAAGUGCCGUAUCACAAAGGGAAUGACGUUCUCUGUGCAGCUAUGCAAAAGAUUGCAACCAACAGAAGAAUGACAGUUCAGUUCAACCCUCCCUCUUCCUGUAUAUUGGAGAUCAACAUGAAGGGGGUGAAAAUUGUUGUCCAAGAUGACUACAGUGCUUUCAGCAGAGGUACUAAAUGCAGUCACUUCUUCCAGCUGAAGAACAUUUCCUUCUGCGGUUAUCAUCCGAAGAACAACAAGUACUUUGGAUUCAUUACAAAACAUCCAGCUGAUCAGAGGUUUGCCUGCCAUGUCUUUGUGUCAGAGGACUCCACCAAGCCUUUGGCCGAGUCUGUAGGGAGAGCAUUCCAGCUGUUCUAUAAGGAAUAUGUAGAGUACACAUGUCCAACAGAAGACAUCUACCUGGAAUAACCUGCCCUGCCUUGCCCAACGUCUCUGUACAUUAUUGUGUAUCAUAACAUAUUGCAUGAUGGAAAAAAAGAUGAAAAUUAUUACAAUGAACAAAAAAGACUAAGACAUUUGCUUUCUGGCCAGACCAUUUCCUUGAAAGAAUUCAAAGAAGUGAAAAUAUGCAGCGGUAUUUGGCUGUGCAGUUACAUGUCACAGAGGUCUGUGAAUGAUCUUGCUCUUGGCUCGAAGCGCAACAUUUUGUGCUCACAGUUGCAGCUCUCUUUGCUGAGUGGACAUAGGACAUGUUUAGGACAUAUUUAUAUAUUUUUGCAGGAAUCAAAAGGUAAUGACAAAUGUUUCAGGGAAAUGCAGAGGCCACAAAACACAUGUCUGGUUCAUGCCGCAGUGGGCCAUUGUUUAUCAGCAGUUUUGUGGUGAAAUGAUAAACGUGAGCUUAUCAGGUAAGCCGGAAAUUUCUUUGACACCUGUAUUUGCACAGGGAAAGAGACCAAAACAUAUGGCAGUUCAUUUAAUUUUGAAGGUUUUUUUCUUCAUUUUUCUUGCCCAAAUGUACUCCAGUUCUCACUGCAUUCUACUGCAAAUUGGAAACUGUCUAUAGAGUGAGAGUUGGAGUAGGAGGGUGUAUGAAUAUCAUUUGAGAGCUGUCCUUGAAAUGCUUGAUAAACUGCACAAAGCUGAUUUCUGGGUAAGCACAACAUUGCCCCUGAAAUAUUCUCAAAAAGAGACUGUCAUCACUUUUUCACUUACAGUUCAAGGUGAUUGGCACAUACCAUUCGGUCAAAAUACAGAGAACUAAAAAAAGGAAACUUCAUUGCUAUGCCUAAAAGAACGUAUUUACGAAUGUAAAAUGUAGAAAAUAUAGGCUAUCAAUCUUUUCUAGGACACCCCUCAAUUUAUACAUGUUGUUCCUGAAAUGAAACCUUAGAGGUCAGUCAUUCUACCCUCUGUUAUGGACAGUAACUGCACCGGGGCCCCACUGUGAUGUGAAAAUAUCCUUCACUGAUAAAUUCUCCUCUUACUUCACACUACAAGAGUUGUGAUAGCAUACCGCAACUCCUUCACUAUGCUAGCCUUUUGCUGGGAUUUCAGCAAAGCAGAGUGGAAGCACACAGAUCUCCUGCUCUUGCCACUUUGUUUAUGCCCUUUGACUGACAACCCACAACACUUGAGCAUGAUCAGGUAGACCAUAAAUGAGCAAAAUCAUAUCCACAAACUGCACUUCUGGCAACAACAGACGGCCUUGCAUUGUCACCUGUACUCCACUUAAACAAAUCAAUAUUCACAGAAAGAAACUGUUAGCAGCACAGACAAUAUCAUUCUGCCCAAGGUCUCGCCUUGGCUAUAAGACGCCUUUGAUUGUGUAGUCAAAUGGCAUUGCGAUCCUCGUUGUGAGGUCUCCCAUGUGGCCUAUUGCCCUAAACAACACAGAAAGGCAUGGAUGAGGUACAGAAUGACUAGUACAAAAUAUUUCUGGGGAAACCCUCUGUCCAUAACGGAGGUGCGGACUUUAUCUGGAAAGCACAAAGUGACUCAAACUUCAGUGUCUUUCAGAUCUUCACAAGUAGUGCCUAUUUUUUAUCAUUAUCAUUCUGUUUACUGUGUGUAUAUAGAGAUUUUGUUUAUUAAGAGGCUGUGAGGACUGAAACAAAUGCUGUUGGUGAAUGAAUUAUCUCAAAGUGUGCCUAAAACCAGUGUUCAGUGGAACUCAGAGGUGUCUUCACUACAAGGAGAGGAAAGACACUGCUUUG